GCGGAUUUUUCUUCCACCUUAAAACUUCUAGUCAUACUGCAUCGUUGGACUCUAGUUGUUAUUCAAUCCCACCAAGGAUUUCAUUUAUCAGAUUCCCGCGUUGGAUUGAGUUUCUCAUCUCUUAGCUGAAGCAGGAACCCAUGGACUUCAGCAGCCAUUUGAAUCGUGGGCAAAUGACUCUGAUGGGAUCUGCAUUUUGUGUGAUGCUUACACUGUAUUUCACAGUGCAGCUUCUAUCACAGCAUCUUUUCCACUGGAAAAACCCAAAGGAGCAGAAAGCUAUACUAAUUAUUAUCCUUAUGGCUCCUAUUUAUGCUGUUGACUCUUUUGUGGGGUUAUUGGAUGUUCGAGGAAGCAAAGCGUUCUUCAUGUUUUUGGAGUCAAUCAAGGAAUGCUACGAGGCUUUAGUGAUUGCUAAGUUUCUGGCAUUGAUGUAUAGCUACUUGAAUAUAUCUAUUAGCAAAAAUAUCGUACCUGAUCAGAUCAAAGGAAGAGAGAUUCACCAUUCAUUUCCAAUGACCCUUUUUCAGCCUAGAACUGUUAGGCUGAACCACCGAACACUAAAGCUUCUUAAGUAUUGGACAUGGCAAUUCGUCGUCAUCCGACCCGUGUGUUCUAUCUUGAUGAUAACACUGCAAAUCCUUGGGAUUUAUCCUUCUUGGUUGAGCUGGACAUUCACUAUCAUCCUCAAUAUUUCUGUUUCAUUAGCAUUAUAUUCUUUGGUAAUCUUUUACCAUGUUUUCGCCAAAGAGUUGGCUCCUCACAAGCCACUUGCAAAGUUCAUGUGCAUCAAGGGGAUUGUAUUCUUCUGCUUUUGGCAGGGACUGGUGCUUGACAUACUAGUUGCCAUGGGCAUCAUUCGAUCUCAUCAUUUCUGGUUGGAUGUGGAGCACCUCGAGGAAGCACUGCAAAACGUAUUGGUAUGUCUAGAGAUGGUGGUUUUCUCUGUUCUCCAGCAGUAUGCAUACCAUGUUGCACCUUAUAGUGGAGAGCUAGACAAGAAAAAUGAAUGAUAAUUGGGAUGCCCAAGGUGUGAUCGGAAGAAAAUAUUUAUUCUUGUGGCAUUAUAAUAUAAGCUUAGAAAUGCUUGUGCUCUAUUUUAUAGUAAUUGCUUUUGAAUAUCAAACAUGAAUAUCUGCAAGAAAAAAAGACAUUUCUCUUGAGGAACUUUUAGUCUUCCAUACACAGCGCUAUAUAUUAUUAUCCAGCAGGAAAUCAAACAAUCUAAGCCCAAACAUGCCGAAAUGUGACAUAUAGCUAGUCGAACAUUAUGCCAAGAUGAACAUUUUGCCAGGAUAGCCAAUAGGCAGUUGCCCACAUAUUUAAUGUCGCAGCUCAGUACAUGUAAGAUAUUGUCUGUUUCAACUCUAUUUUCAUGUGAGAUUUAUAGUUCCUCUUUAAAUCACACAGCUAAGCAUUUAAUAUACGAGAUACACGCAAAGAGUACAAUAAAACAGGCAUAUGUAGCUACAAUUAAAGCUGUGUUCCAAGGUUUAUUUUCAAUGAGAAUGACCAUAUAGGCAACCUAACAUGAACAUGAACUAAAACUUGAUCAUCUGAUCUUCA